UGCAUCUUCAUGUUCAUUUUCCUUGCUGCUGAUGGUUUUGAAAGUUUACGAGAUAUGGAUGGUUUGAGUUAAGGUUUGAGUUAAGGUUUGAGUUUAAAUUGGACUCUCGGAUUGGAUUGGAGAAUGUGUGAGACAAGGGAGGAUAGAAUGCGUCCGAGACAUAUCAUACACGCGUGGGAAAUGGAGAGGAAUGGUAGCUGCCGUAGGUGGAAGUUGUAUUUUCCUGUGGUUGCGAUUUGUUUAUUAUCUGGAGAGGAAUUCGGUAGUUUUUAAAAUUUGUUUACUCUGUCGAAAUCUGUGGCACUUUUUAUCGCUUCUUUUUACAAUUUGUACCUGUGACUGAGAAUUAGCUGCGAAUUCUUGCAUUUGAGGUUCUACUCUUGGUGAUUGAUCGGAAUUUUCACAGGAUGCAUUGUUUGUCGAUAUAAAUGUCGCGCCCCCUUGCAUGGGUCCGGAGCAGAUUCUUUUCGAGUUUGGAACAAGUGGAGCCUUCUGUCUUCCAAGCUACUGAUGAGGCCUGUGUCAUUCCGUGAAGCAGAAGAAGACGAUGGCGCAGUUUUCGGCGUCAAGGUCUUCCAAAGCUCUGUUCUCGCGUCACUGGACUCUCCUCAACAACUGGGAGUUCUCUUCAAAAGCUUAUUUAUCUGAGUUUCAUUCCUUUUGCAAAUGUAGCUUUGAUGUUAACGACCAAAGAGAGGCAUUGGGAGUUUUCAGACGUCCUCGAUGGUUGCGAGGAUUGCACGACGACUGUGCAAUUACAACUGCCGCUACUGUCACAGCUGUGCCAGCUUUCAAAUCUUAUGACACCCGCUCUUUGAAAUUCAAUGUCCCUGAAAACACCAAGGUGUUGGAAGGAGAUGUUCAGGCCAGGCGAGCAAGGGCUGCACCAUUGCCCUUGCAUGUUACUGCAAAUGCCUCUAUCGAUCAUAUCAAGAAGUUGACUUCAGUCGUGGAUCAGGAGGGGUGGGGUCCCAAAACAGGAGAAACUCUUCGCAAUCUUCGCAUUCCACUCUCAUCUUUUAUCGUUGAAGACUCUCUACGGCGCAUAAAAGAUCCCAAGUCGGCAUACAAGUUUUUUCUGUGGGUUGGUACACAACCUGGUUAUAUGCAUAACGCGUACACGUACAAUCUGGUUAUCCAAAGGCUUGCAUCUGUACAGAGCCUUGAGUGUAUACAGAAUUUGCUCAUGAACAUGCAACGCCGAGGAAUUAAAUUGUCUGUAGCCACAUUACGGGUCCUACUGUUGAACUUUGGCAAGGUAGGACAGCCCUUACAAGCACUCCAACUUUGCAAGACUGCCCAAGCUUUAGGUUGUCAGCCUGAUUCCAAUAUUUACAAUGUGUUAAUCGAAUUGCUCUUUCAAGGAGGCUACCGCCACACGGCUAUCCGUAUGUACCAGCAGAUGGUCAAGAUGAAUUGCGCACCAACUGCAUACACCUAUAGUCUACUGAUCCAUGGCUUCCGAAAGGCAAAGAGACAGGCUGGUGUUGCAGCUGUUUUCCUGGAGGAGAUGAUACGAAAGGGCUUCACUCCCAACGUCGUAGCAUACAAUGCAGUAAUUGACAUGCUUGGGAAGGCUGGAAAAUGGGAGGAGGCUAAGAAAGUUUUUUCUACUCUGAAGAUGAAGGGUUUUCCAUCACCAAACGUAGUGACAUACAACAGCCUCUUAAAUGCCCUUGCUAAGGCUGGACAAUGUGAAGAAGCACAGUUACUGUUCGAGGAGUUGAAAGCAGCGAAGUGGACUCCAGAUGUUGUGUCGUAUAGUUGUCUUAUCAACAGUCUUGGCAGGGCUGGGAAAUGGGAAGCUGCGCUUGAGGUGGUGGCGGAAAUGCAAGCCAAGGGCUGUAAACCAAAUCUGUGGACAUACAACACAUUGGUUGACUGCCUUGGCAAAGCGGGUCAAUUCGAUGAGGCGCUGCGCCUUCUCGCAGAGAUGCGGGAUAACGGAUGUGUUCCUGAUGUUCGCACCUACAAUUGUUUGAUAAGCACCUUAGGGAAAGCUGGGCGAUUGAGUGAGGCGUUCACAUUAUUCGCGGAGAUGCGGGAGAGAGGUUGUGUCCCUGACACUUUCACCUACAAUUCGCUCAUAUAUGGGCUAGGCAAAGUCGGACGGUCACAGAAAGCUAUGGAGCUCCUCGAGGAGAUGGAACGGCAUGGAUGUCCGCCAGAUGUGAUGACCUACAGUUCGCUGAUUACAGGCUUAGGGAAAGAUGGAGAGACUGUCAAGGCUUUCAAGUUAUUCCAAGAAAUGAAACGUCGGGGUCGGAAGCCAGAUUCCAUAACUUUCACUGCCUUAAUGGACGCGCUCGGCAAGGCUGGUCGUGUGGAUGAUGCACUGGAGCUUCUAGAUGAAAUGAAAGAGAGAGGCGUCAAACCAGGAGUUGUCACUUACAAUGCCCUCAUUGCCGGCUUUGGAAAAGUCGGGGAUUUGGUUGAAGCUUAUAAUCUUUUAGACGAGAUGAAGCGUAAUGGAUGCAAGCCGGAUGUGGUGACCUACAGCUGUUUGAUAACUGGCCUUAUUAAAGCUAGCCAACUAGAUGAGGCGUGUCAAGUUUUGAAGAAAAUGGAGAAAGAGGGAUGUCCUCCUGAUACCAUCACAUACAAUACCUUGAUAAAUGGGCUUGGCAAAGCUGGCCUCUUGAACGAUGCAGGUCGUCUCUUCGAUCGGAUGAAGUCGAAAGGAUGUAAUCCUGACGUUGUGACCUACAGCACCUUGAUCACUGCCUUGGGAAAAGCUGCCAGAGUUGAGAGUGCCUGUGUCUUAUUUGAGGAAAUGGAAAGCGUUGGUAUUCAACCUGACUUAUUUACUUACUGCUCAAUAAUUACUGUUCUUGGGAAGGCAGGUCAAGUGGACGACGCUGACCGUUUAUUUUCUGAAAUGCGGGGUAAAGGACUGUCACCAGAUGUGAUUACAUACAACGCAUUUCUCAAUUCUUUAGGAAGAGGCGGUCGAUUUAAAGAGGCUCGUAAGAUUUUCGAGGACAUGAAAGAAAGUGGGCUUCUUCCUGACGUUGCAACAUAUGACGCUCUCCUUUUGGGCCUUUCGAAAACUAAAGAGGUGGACGAUGCCUGUGGGCUACUGAAAGAGCUGAUUGAGCAAGGCUGUGCAUUCGAUUCGCUGAAGUUUGACGAGUGCUUAGAAAUCCUCACCAGUUGGGGCAACGUGGACGAAGCACAUGAGUUGCUCCAGUUUGCAAAUUCGAAAGGUCUUUGGCCUGGCGCUAGUUCAUACAACGCUCUCAUUGACGCGCUUGCUAAAGCAGGUAGAGUGUCAGAAGCGUUCAACACUUUGGAGGAUCUGAAAGAACAAGGAGGCAAACCUGACAUUGUCAGUUACUCAAGCUUAAUCAGCGCUCUAGGGCAAACUGGGCAAAUAGAUACUGCCUUUGAACUUUUGGAGGAGAUGAGCAAACGAGGUCUCAAGCUCAGCCCUCGUUCGUAUUCCAAUCUGGUCCGCAAGCUUCAGGAUUGGGGUGCUCGAGCUUAGGCUGCCAAGAAAUCUCGUCCGAACUUUGUGAUUGUAAGCUUGUAUAUAAUCCAUUCCAUGGAGCUUGUGGGGCUCAAACUCUUAUGCCCAGGCUGGAAGUAUUGCACUUCCAUUUAGCCAUGGCUACUAGACAUGAUUCAGUCUAGUCGCCUUUUGUGUUCUGGUGCAAUGGGGGAGGUCUGCAAGGAAGGCAUAUAUUCUCAGAUUCCAGAAAACAUGGUACGAAACAUUAUGUACUUUGGGUAACCUAUGCAUCCGGCCGUCAAGUUACUAACUACUGUUGCCUUCGACUCCGCAUUUCUUUAUGCUACAGAUCGGGUGCAAUGUCUUUAAGUUAAAGUUCCUAGUAGCAAUGAGGGCCAUAGAAUUUGAAUAAAAAUGUGGGAGGCUUCAUUGUGGUUUAGAUUAGCAAUUACAUAACCGUUUGACGGAUUAAAACACUUUACUCGUGGAUACAGUUCUGUCCCACUUUCUGAUGGGAUGGUAUUCAUGAUUAAUGCAAUUCAGUUGUUGAGUUGGUCAUUAUUUGUGGCCGUAGUGAAGUAGCAUAUUCAUUUGGGUUUUUGUACUUCUGCAUUUGCUUUGUAAACACCCACAUGGUUGUUCUUGUA